AUGAAAUGUAUUAAUAAUGAGUUCCUGAGUGCUGAUACUUAUAAGUUGUUAAAGCUUGCUAAAGCCAAAGCUAAAGACAUCAAUUAUAAAUAUGCUUGGGUUCAUAAAGGUAUGGUCUACAUGAAGAAAAAUGAUGACUCGUCGAAGAUCAUAAUACGAAUUGAAGAUGAUCCUACUUGCAUGUCCUCCAAUCUAAAAUUUCUAAGUUUAAAUGUAAAUAGUUAUACUGCACACACAGCUUCCUUUGAACUUCUGGUAACUGAAACCAAGCCUCAUAUAAUUUCAGUGGUUGAGACCUGGUUAAAUCCCGAAAUAUCAGUCUCAUUAAAUGACUAUUCUGCUAUUCGUAGGGACAGAGGAUUUACCGAUGAAUCUGGGCGCUAUGUCAGAGGUGGUGGAGUUCUCUGUUUUAUUCACAAAUCACUUAAAUCGAAGGUUCUUUUUAUUUCUGAGUCAAAUCAUAUAAAUCAUCCAGAAUUCAUAAUAGCUGAUGUUACUCUAUCCACAGGAUCGCAUAUGCUUAUAUCAUGUAUUUAUAGAAGGCCACAAGGAGAUUUAUUGGACAAGUUCUUUCUUGAAUUCGGCAAACUUUACCCUCAUUAUAAUAAUGUUUUAAUAAUGGGUGAUUUAAAUUGUAAUUUACUUAAAUCUGACCGAGCCUCAAAUCAUCUCAAAUCCUUCAUUGAUGACUCUGCUCUAUUCUGUGUACCCUUUGGAUCAACAUUCCACACAUUAGAAACUGACUCAUGGCUUGAUGUCAUCAUACUUGUUAGCAAAGACAAGCUUGUAAACUUCUCAAAGUCAAAGCCACCCUUUAUAGAUGGACAUGAUUUCCUUAUCUGUGAGUAUAAGCUGGGAUCACAAAAUCAUUACAAUAAGGUGGUAAAGUUUAGGGACUUUAGAAACUGUAACCAUCAAGCAUUGUCACAAACACUAAAUGAAAGAUUACGAUUAACGGAUAUUGAUCCUGAAAUGAUUGAUCUUGAUGAACUUGUAUAUUUCUUUUUGUAUCAAGUCACUACAUCAUUAAAUAUUUAUGCACCGAUGUCUGAGAGGAAAAUCUGUCGUCCUAAAUGUCCUUGGAUUACUCGUGAACUGAAACUGGAAUUUCAUGAACGUGAUGCAUUAUAUAAGCGUUACAAAAGAACUGGAUGCCAAAAUCUAUUUUCUUUAUAUAAAAUUAAGAGAAAAGAACUUAAAAUCAAGUUAAUGAAGGUGCGUAAUGAUUAUCUGAAGAGUUUUCUUGAAAAUGAAUCAAAUGGAUCAAAUAUCUGGACCAAACUGAGACGUGUGGGAAUUGUAAAAAGUAAACAGUCAUCUCCUCUUGAUCACUUUGACGCCGAUCAGUUAAACAAAUUUUAUGCUAAUAUUUUAAAAAAACAUCUGUCUUGUAGUCGAGACUUUAUUCUUAAUCUUCCGCAUCUAUAUUCGAAGAAAGUAAAUUUUGAAUUUAAUUGGUCCAAAAUAGAUAUUGUUGACGUCACGAAAAAUCUCCAGUUGACAUUACAAAAAUCGAGUGGUAAAAACCCAGAUAGACUUGAUCUAAAAUGGCUGAAAGAUCAUAUACCACAAGUGUCUCUUUUUCUAAAUUUAAUCUUCAAUAGGUCGUUAGAAACUGGAUCAUUUCCGGAAGCAUGGAAGUCAACUAAGGUGAUGAUUUUAGGAAGCAACCGGAAGUUAAAAUCUCUUGCAAACAUUGUACUUCCGCAAAUUAUUAUUGAUGGAAAUCUAAUACCGUAUGUAAACACAACUAAGCAUCUUGGGGUUCAUCUAUCUGCAAAUCUUUCCUGGGAUUUUCAUAUUUCGCAGUUUCUACGUAGAUUAUUCACAGAAGAAGAUCCUGAAAUUAGGCGAUCAGAUAGGCUGGCAGCUAAGAAUAAUAUUUCCUUCAAGAUGCCAAAUUUUGCUACUACGACCUAUGAGCAUUCAUUUGUAGUAACAGCUAUCCGGUUAUGGAAGGACUUACCACCUGAGAUUGUAAAUGUUCUUAGUUUAGAGACUUUCAAAGUUAAAUUGUUCGAUUUUCUAAUAAGUAAUGAAUAG